AUGAAAGUUAACACUAACACAACUGUUAAGAAAACUCAAGGGCGAAGGAAAAUUGCAAUCAAGCCAAUUUACAAUCAAAACAGCAGACAUGUUACAUUCUCAAAACAUCGUUUAGGUCUUUUCAAAAGAGCUAGUGAACUUUGCAUAUUAGCUGGUGGAGAAAUUGUUAUUCUGAUUCAAUCGUUAAAAUCACAAAGUCUUUUCACUUUCGGUCAUCCUAAUGCUGAUGUUGUCAUUGAUUGUUACCUCACUGGAAAAUACUCUUCAUCAUUGUCAACAUCAAGCACUGAUAAAUUCAACUUGCAACAAAAUAACCAGUAUUAUUCUCAGAUGUGUAAGGAUUUGGAAGUGGAGAAGAAGAAAGAGAAUUAUGAAGAUGUGAAGAUG